CGAUGAUGCAUCAAAUCGUCACUCGACCAAAAACAAGGCCCAAGCUCAGAACCUUCUUUUCCACACAAGCAUGGAUCGAUUUUGGCUGCCGCGGGUGGGCGGCAACUCGCUGCUGAGCUACGGCUCGGCGGCAGUCGUCAGCAUCGCCGCCCUGCUAAAGCUGCAGGAACACGCCACCAACUAUUUUGGUUCGGAAACACAUUGCUUCAAGUCCGUGCGGACGAACUGGGACGACCUUCCCACGGCCAAUUGCUUCACGGUCUCUCCCAAGGGCAUCAUCACCAAUGUGUAUGCUGUGGACGACAGCAAAAUUGGCAGCGGCAGCGAGAGACUCAGCGAGGGUUAUGCCAUCCCGGGCUUCUGGGACGGCCACGGACAUCUUCUGCAGGAUGAUGAGGACCCGACGGUCCGCCUCAAAAGGGCCGCUGCUUAUGAAGAAGAAGUCGAGGCCAUCCUCAAGCCACUCCGUAGAAAGCCUUUCCAUAAAAUCAACGCGUCUGAAUUAUCGGCGGAUGCUGUUGCGCUCAAAGUUGAAGAAUGUAUUGGGCUCCGACAAGGCCCUGACGUAUAAAAUCGCAUGCAAGCGUAAGAUCUGCUGUUCUUAUUGUGGAUGACUACCGCCAUUCGGGCGCCUCGUGAUGAUGGAGGAGUUCGUUGCUCCUGUCACCCGCUCCAAUGAAAUAGCUGAGCGAACUUCUCUCCGAUUAUCUGAUAGAAAAUUAACGACAACCUCGAAUUCUCCAUAAUUCUUGACCAGUAGUGAUAUAACAGUGACUACAGAGACCGUCCUUGUCUAACAGACCAGACAAAAGACGGGUAAGGGGUAGGGCGGCACUAAGAGCACGCACGAAGUGAAUUGAUCGAUUUGAUAUGAUUGAUCGAAGAUUCGAAGCGACGAGAGAGAACUGUAAGCAUGCAAGGGAGGGGGAGCAUUGCGACGACGAAGCAUGUGCCAGUCGUCCACGCAAGUAGCCGCACGUAUAAUACAACACUUCAAGCAGUAUGAAGAAGAACUAGGAAGAGUGCUCGCUCGAGGUCG